CCAAUAGCGACCAAGUUAUAGUAACUCGAGACAUCUCGAACAUACAAUGACUCUCCAUAUAUUCAGGCCUAAUCCUGCUUCACGAUAGCAUCUUGAUCUCCUUUCCUGAUUUACCGCACAUAUAUUCACCAAACGUGAGAUCUGCGAUCCACUCGCGUGCAACAGACGGCGAUCUUUCACGACCAUACUCUACCUCAAUCAUGGCUUUCUCACGAUAUUUCGCGGUCCGAUCUGAAUCAUUGUUAUCUUGUAACAUUGGCAGACCAUCACGAUCACAAUGGGCUCAGACAAGUUUAAUCUCGCUACGAUGGAGAAGAGAGCACUCAGCAACACCAACAGCACCACUAUUACCUGCGAGGUAUCAUCCAAGAUCUACACAACUUGUUAGGUCAAGACGUUUUGAGUCUUUGUUUCAACGCUCGAACAUGGCAACGGCGGCCCAAGAUAUGUCACCAAGAAUACUUCCAGAGUAUACGCCACCAACCGCAGGCCUUCUGUCCUACCUGCCCCAAAAGGCUGUUCCGUACGCUGAGUUGAUGAGACUUGAUAAGCCAACUGGGACAUACUAUCUUUUCUUUCCAUGCCUUUUCAGCACACUUCUCGCUGCUACAAUGGCCACGCCCAUUGCCGCACCAUCCGCAGUCAUCAGCACGACGGCACUGUUUCUUACCGGAGCUCUUGUGAUGAGAGGCGCUGGCUGCACCAUAAACGACCUUUGGGACCGCAACCUCGAUCCCCACGUUGAAAGAACACGAUUACGUCCGAUUGCCAGACGAGCAGUCACACCUCAGCAGGCUAUCGUCUUCUUAGGGGGUCAGCUCACGACGGGUCUAGCCGUUCUUCUUUCGCUCCCAUUCGAAUGCUUUUGGUAUGCGACUCCAUCACUUUUGUUCGUCGCCAUCUACCCCUUAGCCAAGAGAGUCACAUAUUACCCGCAAUUCGUUCUUGGACUCACGUUCUCCUGGGGUGCAAUGAUGGGAUUCCCCGCCCUCGGUGUCGAUCUUCUUUCCAAUCAAGUUGCGCUCACAGCGGCAGCUUGUCUAUACGCUAGCAACGUCGCAUGGACAGUUUUAUACGACAUGAUCUAUGCGCACAUGGACAUCAAGGAUGAUGUCAAGGCUGGCAUCAAGAGCAUCGCGCUCAAACAUGAGAAGGAAACCAAAACGAUAUUGUCAGGUUUGGCUGUAGUGCAGCUCGGACUGCUGGCUGCCACGGGAUCUGUGGCAGGAAUGGGACCGGUCUUCUUCGUUGGAUCAUGCGGAGGCGCCGCGCUUACUCUCGGCACUAUGAUCAGGCGAGUCAAAUUGAAGGAGGUCAAGAAUUGUUGGUGGUGGUUUGUGAACGGCGCAUGGUUCACGGGCGGAGCGAUCAGCCUUGGCCUGGCUGGCGAGUACGUUGCACACCUUUAUGGCUGGUAUGAACAUGGCCCGAAGAAUGAUAAAGAGCAAGAGCAAAACCUUGUUCCUGUCUAGAGGUCUACGGUUCGAAGGUCUGCAAAGGCAGGCGAGCUGCAUAAGGUGUAGGUUCAAGUACCAGCCUCAUGAUGUAUCAACAUUGCUUAGUCGCUGAAUCGGGUAGAACUACUAACCUUAAUACCUCAACAGUUUGCAACAUAACGCAACCACAUUUGUUGCUUGUGAUAUAUAUGUAAUUUAUCGGGCCCGCACAUUUUCUAGCUUAUUUACAUAUUUUAUACACAAAUUGAUUGAGGUCGUGGAGUCGAUCAAUUCAUUAUCGUUGAGAUCUUAUCUUUUUUGGGAAGUGUGAAUAGCCAAAUCUGUUAGAUUUGAAUCGUUGGGCACAUCCAACCAUGGAACUGCAUCGGACUUAUCAGUUAUGAAGGG